GGAGGGGCCAGCGGCGUGUUGACAGUCAACAGCGGCUCGUCACGUGACUGCCAGAGGGGGCGCGGUCUUUCCCCGCGGACCCUGAAGGCACCGCAAGCAGCAGUCGGGUGCACAUGGACCAAUCAGCUCGCAGUGGGCGGGGCCACGUCAGUGCGCUCGCUUGCUUCCCCAACCAUGUGGCGAGAGAGGUGGCCGUUGCCGUGGUAACGACCCUAGGAGGCUGCCUGGGAAACCCCCCCAGUAGGAGCCUACUGCGCACGGAAGCUCAAGUGAAGUGGACGAUGGAGGUUUUGUGCUUCAGCCUAAGCCUACCGCUGGACUCCGACACGGUCCGCGUAUGCGUGGACAUCUACACGCACUGGAUGUCAGUGCUGGUGUCCCCACGAGACUCCAUCCCUCCGCCACUCAUCAAGGAGCCCAACGUUUAUGUCCAGAAGAUCCUUAGACACCUUCGGACCUUGUUCAUGCCCAGGCCGGACCGUUCCAGUCCGGCGUACGCGUCUGUCUGCCCGCGUGUGCUGGCUGCAGUUCAGCUGCUGGCGAAAGAGGGCGCUGGCAUGAGCGGGGAGACCUGGGAAAUGCUGCUUCACUUCCUGAUUUGUAUCAACCAAUCAGUACUGGACACACUCACCUCUGCACCUAUUUGCCAGCCACUGUCCCUACCAUCCAUGGAAGUCCUGUUCCAGGUUAGUCUGGUGUCCUGUUCCCGCUGUUUCCCACCUCGGUCCUUUUGGCUGUCGUGGAGACAGAUGAUGACCACAUGGCGGUUUCAGCCUGCCGCAUUGGACCAGUGGACACGGGUUGUCACUGCUCUAACAUCCAGGUUGCUGCGUCUGAGUUUUGGUCCUGACUUCCCUCAUUUGAAGGUCCCAGAUGAGGACGCCACUCUGAUCCCUGAUGACAUGGACCACCAAGUCACCCUCCAGACCUGGUUCAGGUUUCUGCAUUUGAUUAGUAAUCCUGUAGACCUGAAGCGUCCACCGGCUUACGGCCCAGUUCCUCCAGGACAGGAAGACGUCUUCCUCACAGCCAUGUCUACCAUCAGUAGAUUGGUGGAUGCAUUUCUGGGUGUCUCUGUGGUCUGUGGAGAACCAGGGGACCAAACGCUGAUGAACACAGGUCAUAAUCUUACCAUCAGCCAUGUCUCUUCAUGUCCACAUCACGUGUCUGUUCUCCUUCUCGUCUCUUCUUCUUUUUAUUGUUGUGACCUUGCAGGACUUUCAACCAGAAUCCAUUUUAGAGACCGUCUGCCUUCUCUCGGUGUCGCUGUCACCCGGAGUCCUUUCAGAGACAGACUGCCCUCCUAUGGUGUCUCGCGUCCUCGUUCCGGAAGUGCCCCUCCGAACCCCGUCAACAUACUGAGCAUGCCCAGCAAAUCACCGCCUCCGCCGCACACUAGACAGAAGACAUCAAACAUUUCCAAGGCCACUGGGAAACCUCAGAUAGGAUCAUCACAAACCUCCCCAUCCUUCCACCCGUGGAAGUCUUCUAGUGGUCUUUCUGCAUUCUCAUGGGUGUUGUACUCAUACCCCCGUGGUCCCCCGUCCCCUAUGAGGGGCAGCGUGGAUUCCCUGCUUCACCUGUUUGGCUUCUGCCUGUUUGACGCUGCUCUCGUUGACAAAGACUCUGCCCCUAACGACCGCUGGGAAGAUGGACGAGCUGAGGCCUGUGGGACACUUUGUCGGAUCUUCUGUUGUAAGAAAACCUCAGAAGAUGUCCUUCCCGUGUACCUGUCGAGGUUCUAUGCAGUCCUUCUGCAGGGUCUGUGGGUGUGUGAAAGCCUAAGCCCUGUUGUGUCCUCCAUCCUGCUCCACUCGUCCUCGUUGUUUUGCUGUGAUCUGCCUGGAGUCAACCUACUGCUCCCUUCGUUCAUCUCCAUCUUGGAGAAGGUUCUGCUGGAAAGGGAGAUGCUGAGCUUGAAGGCCUUCGUGAGCCUGGCAGACUUGCGGCGGGCAUCCAUCUUGGUGCUGAUGUCACUCUUGCCCCUUCCCCAGCAGUUCGGACCAGUCCAGCUGGCGUCGCUCCGAGACACCAGUGAUGAUGAAGCCACCACGGGAAGCUUCCAGUCCCACAAGCUGCGCCUGAUCGGUUUGCUGAUGGGUUCUCUGCAGACAGAGGCUGACAGUACCAACACGCAGAUGCUGCUAGCGGCCGUCUUGACUCUGGUUCAGGACUGCGCUCUGAAGGAGCUUGAGGGACAAACUCACCAGGCAACAAAAACUCACUAUGCCGGACACAGGGGAACCAAACGCACCGACAGAUCUACCGACCAAUCAGCCAUGGCGGCAGUCCUGUGGAUAGAUAUUGUGCAUCUGCUGACUCAACAUCUGACCGUCCAGUGGAGGAACGACUCAGGGGUUUGCCUGGUGGCCAUGGAGAUUUUGGCAGGACUGGCCAGGGUGAAUGUGGCCGUGGCGGAGCAGGAAAAGAAGCGAGUGGUCAGCUCGAUCUGUCGCUACAUUGAGUUCCAGUGCGGUCGUCCUCCACCGCUUCACUCCAGAGAGCUUCAUUCCAUCAUUGUGGUGGCCUUUCAUUGCCUCAGCACUUGGAUUACAAGUCACCAUGACAUCCUGGAGGACCAGGAGUGCUUGCUGGAGCUUUUUGAGAUUGUGGAGCUCGGCGUGUCAGGUAGCAAAUCCAGACAGGAAGAGGAAGUACGGUGCCGAGAGGAGAAAGAACUGAAUCCCGUCUCUUUGAGAGUGAAGGAGGCAGCUGAAGCCACGCUAAAUUGCAUCAUGCAGGUGUCUGGAGCUAGCUCAUCCUUUGGAAGCUCUUCAGACGAGGAUGCACUGAUUGGCUGCUCCGGUCUGAGUGACAGAACCCUGAAAAAGUUCAGAUAUUUUGCUUUGGAUGCUUCUGUGAUCCUAGGAAUUCUGGAACAAGAUCAGGGACCUGAACAAGCUUCUGCAUCGUGCCCAUCACUCAUGGUGCUGAUUCGAGGACAGUUUUCACAUCACUCCUGGAUUCUUCAGCAACGUCUUCAUCCCAGAGAGGAAAAAAAUAGUCCAAAGUUUUCCAUGCAGAAAGCGGUCAGACUUCAGGAAAGUGGUGGCGGUGAAGACCAGGUGUAUGCUGCAAUAUCACACUGUGGGUCUGGUGUCAAAAAUCCGCUGUCUCUGGAAACCAUCAACACAGUUCCUUUGGUUGAAGCAGACAUGAGUAUUCCUGACAUUUGGGAAGGCCUGACUGAGGAGGAGAAGCAGCGUCUAAAUCAUCUCCGAGCAACUUUGGAGCAACAGCAGCUGGUGGAGGCGGAUAUCUGCCGGUCUGUUGCCAUAACAACGUGUGCACCUGCACCAUGUCCUCGUCCUGCCACUCACGUCCAGAAUGCGAGGCUCUUCCUGUCCCACUUGGGCCUGGUGACUCCUGAGACUGUGAAAGAAUUUGGUAGCGGGGAUGUUCCAGCUCAGUUGGUAUCACUGGAUUCAUCAAUACCAGGAUUUUGUGAGGACCUGAGACGUUUAGACCAGCUCCCUUUCAAAACCCAGGACUCUGCCUUCAUCUUCUAUGUGAGGGCAGGACAGAAGACAGCAACUGAGAUUUUACAUAAUGUGGAGUCGUGUGCAAAUGUGUCUUGUCACUUCCUGGAUUUCCUGUCCAGUUUGGGUCGGCCAGUAGCUCGACGCAGACGCGAGGUUGUAGAAUUCGUGGCUGCCCUGGGGCAGAGCGGCGGACACGCGUUUGAUGGCGAUCGCUUUGUUCUCAAGUACGAGGACGCCCUGACAGACAUCACCUUCAUCGUUCCGUCUUCAUCAUCGCCAGCUUGGUCAAAGCAGUGGAAGGAGGCGGAUUCAGAUCUUCAAAGGUUGGCUGAAGAUCGACACAAAUCCAAGCUAAUGAUUGUGUGGGUAGAACGGUUAGAGGACAUUGAGGCCUUUCCUGUUUGUGAGCUGACCAAAAGCCAAUCUUCCAACUGUCCUCGCGACGUGUCUGUCAGUGCAUGGGAGACCCAAGUGAUGUUCGUCCACGGCCUCCGUAGCGGCCUCUUCCGGAUCAUCACACGUGGCAAUUCCGGCAGCAAGUGGAGUUUGCUGCCGCCGCUGGUGGACGGGAUCGUCGUCAGCAGGCGUACUCUCGGCCCUUUGGUGAUGGAGACUAUGUUGAACGGUUGCCGUCGGCGACAGUCGUGCGGCGAUUCCGCCCCACCGCCACACGUCAACAGGAAGUUGCUGAUCGGCGAGAUGGUCGGUCGCUACCGCACCCGCCGCUCAGAACCCGCCGACUUCUACGGCGCCCUAUUUCAACAACCCUGAACCACAUGCAUGAUCGCAGCACCGCCUCACGUGAUUGGACCCAACCGUCUCUAUUUGCUCAUUUCCGACUGGGACGACUCAGAGGAAGAUCAGCAAUUAUCAUCAAUGAUUAUUCAUUCAUUCAUCUUCCGUACCGCUUGAUCCUCACUAGGGUCGCGGGGGGUGCUGGAGCCCAUCCCAGCCGUCUCCGGGCAGUAGGCGGGGGACACCCUGAAUCGGUUGCCAGCCAAUCGCAGGGCACACAGAGACGAACAACCAUUCGCACCCUCACUCGCACCUAGGGACAAUUUAGAGCGUCCAAUCAGCCUGCCAUGCAUGUUUUUGGAAUGUGGGAGGAAACCGGAGCACCCGGAGAAAACCCACGCAGGCCCGGGGAGAACAUGCAAGCUCCACACAGGGAGGCCGGAGCUGGAAUCGAACCCGGUACCUCUGCACUGUGAAGCCGACGUGCUAACCACUGGACUACCGGGCCGCCAUCAAUGAUUAUCACAAUUUAUAAUAACAGUUGAGCCACAUAAAUAAUCGUUAUUAGACUCAGUCAUUUUUUCAUCAUUUUCUUACACAUCACUCAUUAUCUUUUCGACCCAUAAUCCAUUAUUACAAUUAACUGUCAUGAUUUACUUAAAAAAAUAAAACUAAAACCUGACAUCCUGA